CGAGUGUUACUCCAAAAUCCGCCCUCAGCUUGCACGCCGGAAGCUUCAAUUCCUGCAGCGGAAGAGGCGUGACCUGGCCUUCGACUCGCUAUGUCUACUAACAAUAUGUCGGACCCACGGAGGCCGAACAAAGUGCUGAGGUACAAGCCCCCGCCGAGUGAAUGUAACCCGGCCUUGGACGACCCGACGCCGGACUACAUGAACCUGCUGGGCAUGAUCUUCAGCAUGUGCGGCCUUAUGCUUAAGCUGAAGUGGUGUGCUUGGGUCGCUGUCUACUGCUCCUUCAUCAGCUUUGCCAACUCUCGGAGCUCGGAGGACACGAAGCAAAUGAUGAGUAGCUUCAUGCUGUCCAUCUCUGCCGUGGUGAUGUCCUAUCUGCAGAAUCCUCAGCCCAUGACGCCCCCAUGGUGAUAUCAGCCUAGAAGGGUCACAUUUUGGACUCUGUCUAUCCACUAGGCCUGGGCUUUGGCUGCUCAACCUGCUGCCCUCAGCUGCCAUCCUGGACUUCCCCGAAUGAGGCUGUCUCAGUGCCCCCAGCUGGAUGGAGGGAACCUGGCCCUUUCCUAGAACACCCUAGGCCUACCCCUCCUGCCUCCCUUCCCCUGCCUGCUGCUGGGGGAGAUGCUGUCCCUGUUUUUAGGGGUAUUCAUUUGCUUUCUCGUUGAAACUUGUUAAUAAUAAAGUUUUUCACUCUG